UGGGAAGAACAUGUGGGAGGUGUGAUGGGGCCCGGUGACGUCAGUGAUCGGUCGCGUCUGGGCGUGGCUAGCUGGCAGCGAGUGGCAGUUGGUGAAAGUAACCGAGUUAUGAGCUCCGGCCGGGGCUGAGCCGGUACGGGGUGACAGAGGGAUCACACCGGCUGCUAUGGAAGACGUUAACUCCAACGUCAACGCUGACCAAGAGGUGAGGAAGCUGCAGGAGCUGGUGAAGAAGCUGGAAAAGCAGAAUGAGCAGCUGCGCUCCCGAUCCACCGCUACCCCAAACUCCCCCAAAACUCCCACCCUUCCCCAGCUGCUUCGUCCUCAGCCCUCCGCACACACCGCUGCUCCCGUCUCUCCGCUGCUCCUUAGCACCGGCUUGCGCAGCCUGAGCUUGGGGCCUGCAUUCCAGGAGAAGGGUAGUGGGCGAGGAGAUGGGGCCGCAUGGGAAGAGUUCAUGGAGGCGGUGUCUGAGGAGAGGAGACAGGACGGCGGUCUCCUGCUGGACCAGGUGCUCCCACUCCGACUGGAGGACAUGGAUAGGAUGGUGGACUUCGAGGAGGAGGAGAGCUGGUUGUAUACUUCACCAAAGAAAAGGUUAUCGCACAAAUCAAUGAGCCCCCUGAUUUGGUGUCGGCAAGUUUUUGAUAGUCCUACUCCUGAUGUGGAAUGUGCAAAAAAGUCAAUUAUCCACCGGCUUGAGCAAACCAUGUCAGCCAGCAAGAGGCAGAGUAUGUACAGCGUUCCCUACAAUUCAUCCAACUUUGUCAGCCCUUACAGUCCAAAUCCUGGUGGAAGCCCAUAUAACAGUGGCUUCUCCUCCCCAUCCUCCACCCCUGUGAGACCAGUGGUGAGGCAGCUGGUCCUGCCUAGCAGCACAGCACACUAUAAAAACUCUUCCGAGAGAAACCCCCCUCCAGUCAGCCCACAGUCCUCUGUAGACAGUGAGCUAAGUACGUCUGAGAUGGAUGAAGACUCUGUGGGGUCAGGCUACAAGCUAAAUGAUGUCACGGAUGUCCAGAUUCUCGCCCGGAUGCAAGAGGAAAGUCUUCGGCAAGAAUAUGCAGCUUCUGCCUCCCGCCGCAGCUCUGGCUCAUCGUGUAACUCCAUGAGGAGAGGGACAUAUAGUGACCAGGAGCUCGAUGCUCAGAGCUUAGAAGAUGAAGAGGAUGGGAUCCACCACUCAGCCCACCUGUCUGUGAGCAGGUUCUCACCCUCUCCGCGUCACUCCCCUCGGCCUUCUCCUAGACAGUCUCCCAGAAACUCUCCACGCUCCAGAUCUCCAGCUCGCAGCCUGGACUACAGAGGAGUCUCUCCGCAGCCUAUACUCAGCCGCCUGCAGCAGCCCCGUCUAUCGCUUCAGGGUCACGCCACUGACAUGCAGACAAAUGUGGUAAAGAAUGAAGAGAAACUGAGACGGAGUCUUCCAAACCUCUCCAGGGCAACAGGCAUUCAGACAGUGGAGGCUGUGAAAAACAGCAGGAGUUGCGAGUCAAACUUGCAGGUGCCAAAUGGAGGAGCCUCUCGAGCACCGAGCACUUCCACAUCAAAAAGGCAGAUAAAUAUGCCACGCACAGCCCAGAAAACAAAACAGGUUGUUGCAGCCCCUAAAGGAGUACCUGCUGCAUGCAAGUUCCGCUCUCCUGCAGCAACGUCUCCUUUAGCUCUACGGCAGCCAGUGAAGGCUCUAACUAACCAUGGCUCUGCACUCACACAAGAAGCAAUCAGUGCUGCACAGAACCCCCCUCCAGCCGGGCCACCAUCUGGGCAACAGUCCGGCUCUGCAAGUCCAAUACCUCGAGCCGGGACCCCUAUGAGAAGUGGCUUGCCCAGACCUAGCACACCGUCAGGUGGAAGCAUACCAGUGCCUCGUAGCAAGCUUGCACAGCCUGUUCGCAGAUCAUUGCCAGCUCCCAAAGCACAUGGCACCAUGAAAGAUGACAGCUGGAAGGAAGGCUGCUACUGACCCACACAGUCCUAAUGCUUCAUUACUGAAUGGAUUCCACGUCACCCACACUGUGACGACAGAGCAACCUAUUUUCUUGGGAUAUUUGGGGAUUUUGCGAAUCAACCCCAGGUUCCUCUGUCUGUAUUUAGCACAAGCGGCAGAGGUUACAAAAAAAAAGCACUUUAUUGACAUUGACCAUCAGAUGUUUAUCAUGCAAUCACUAUUAUGGCUUUUCCCAUAGCUUUAUUUUAUUAAUUUUUUUUUUUUGUUAUGUAAUCUUAACCCUUAAGAAUCCAGAAGAAUUACAUCAUUUAGAUUCUCAAGUAAACACAAUAAGAACAAAAGAAAUCAUCUGGAAAUGGCUUUUUUUUAAUUUAUAUAUAUUUUUUUGUCAAAUACCUGGUUAAUGCCAAAGAUCAACUCCUGAAAAGUUUGUUAUAUAUAAUAUGUGUUUCUAAUGCGUUUUAGCACCAACACUGCAAAUGUCUACAAAGUUAUAUAAUCUGUAGACUGGUAUUUUCCGGAGACUGAUUUUACAAUUUUUUAUACGGAGGGAAGUGCUUUGUUGCCUUUUACAAUUUGUAAUAGCUGUUGAGCCUUUCACGGUCAUCAGCUCCUCAGUAGAAGCACUGACCGUGAGACGGGGGUGUAUGUAUGAGUCACGUGGUCAGCACCAGGACCUCCGCUCUUCCCAUUCACUCCAAAUACCCAGUAAGACACUCAUGGACUCGUUGAGGUACAGUAUAAAUAUUACUGUAUCAGUGAGGAGUCCCCAAAUUUUCUAUGAACGUUCAGCAUGUCGCUGGACUGCUAAUGGAUGAUUUAAGGGCUUAAUUAUAAAACAGUGUGUUUUACCUGGUAUUUGCUAGAGUUCUGUGCACAUGAGCUGUGUGUCGUCCUUAGUGGUUGUACACUCCCUGCCGCAGGUGCCAGAGAUGCUCCCGGCAGGGGAAGCAAGGACUAAAGACGUAGUUUUACUUGUCCUUAGAUGGAGAGGUCUGUAUUGUGUAAUGCAAGACAAAUCCUAGAACUGUCAGAAGCUGUGUAGAGUGGUACCCUCUGUGCCAAGUGGCCAAUAGGUGUGUGCGCUGUACUGUUGCAGGCCCUCUCUGUACAGAUAGGGUCAAAUAUUGAUAAGUUUUGUGUUCUCUAUUCUAAACAAUUAUCCAUCCCCACCCAUUUUUAAUGUUUUUUUACUUUAGAUAUGUAUUUAAAUUGUAAAUAAUGUUUCCUCUUGGGCGCCUUUCAGUAUUGCGAUUAUGUACAUUGCCUUACAUAUCCCAUAUUUAACAUGGUCAAUGCCACGUUUGUCAUUGCUCAUCCUGUUUACAGACUAGUUAGGAAAGGUUACCCCACACCUGAAUACUUUUUACUGUGUGGAAAUGCAGAUGUAUUCCUUCAAAUGCAAAAAUACCCUCUUAGGCCACUUACCGAGGCGUACAUCUUUCAUUUGCAGACGAUCUUUCAGCAAUUGUUUAGUUGUCUUUUCUCUGAUAGGACUAUUACAUGAUGAAACGCUCUAAUACCACAGAUGGUUUUGUUGUGUUUACUGAUAAUUAUUUCUACAUCUGUCCUGCAUUAUAUAUAUAUAUAUAUAUAUAUAUAUAUAUAUAUAUAUAUAUAUAUAUAUUUAUAUAUAUAUAUAUAUAUAUAAUUAAUUAUGCAACACAGAAAUUUGUAUUUUAAUUUUUUUGCAUGGAUGCAAGUCUGAAUUUUGCAAUAGCUACUAUUACCUAAUCCUGUUAGGUACACAUAACCAAUAUAUAUAUAUAUAUAUAUAUAUAUAUAUAUAUAUAUAUAUAUAUAUAUAGAGAGAGAGAGAUAGAUAUUAGCAUUAGCUGAAAAAUCCACUGUGAUCUAUGGGGGUAAUUCAGAUCUGAUCGCUGCUGUGCGUUUUUGUACAGCAUGCAAUCAGAUCUGAAAUGCACAUGCUUGUGGGCCGCAAUGCGCCGGCGCAUCGCAUAACAGCACCGGGCAUCGGUGCCUAAUGGACGGGGGGGUGCGAAAAAUCAGAACACACAGGCGUUCCCAAGAAGAUUGACAGGGAGAGGCCGUUUGUGGGUGGCAACUGACCGUUUUCCAGGUGUGUCCAGAAAAACGCAGGCGGGAUCAAGUGUUUUCAGGGAGGGUGUCUGACGUCGGCUCCGGCCCCGAUCAGCAGGAAACAAUCGCAGCGGCUGAGUAAGUUCUGGGUUGCGCAGAGACUGCACAAACUGAUGUUUGUGCAGCUCUGCUGAUGAAGCAAUCGCACCUGUAGGCGGCGACUAUCUGAUAGCAGGGCAGCAAAAAACACAGCCCAGCGAUCAGAUCUGAAUUACCUCCGAAGUAUCACUUUAACACAACUCUCAUUCCUCUGCUGUUAUUAUCAUGGUCUUUUCAAGUGAUCAAUUAUCCGUUGUGAACUGAAUGCUUCCCAUAGGCUGCAGUAACACACAAUGCAAUGUGUGCAUCCCCUACACAGGGUGGAGACAGGCAUUUUGGGAAAACCAAAGCUGUGGGAGACCGCAGCCUACCGGGUCACCAGGAGAAAGCUUUGUGCCUUGUGCAUGGAUUGAUAGAAUGAUAUUCACCCCACAAUAUCACUGCCUCCACCCUCUAAACCUACCCUGUGUUACAUGCUGAAGCGUACUGCAUUAUUCAUUUUCUCUUGUCUUGUGUGGCUAAUGGCAAUCUGGACUGGGACCUGAGUGUAAAACAGUGUAAUGAGUUCUACAUUAAGGGGCCGCUAAACUCGCCUUAUAUGAAUAAGCUGUCAUUUUUAUAUUUUAGGUUUAGUGGUCAUGUAAGACUGUAGGGUUGGCUACUACUCAGACUGUCUAAAGAUUAUCAUUUUUAUAUGUAAAAUACAUUUGGUGCAGGCAGGGACUGCAUUAUAAAUACUUCUAUCUAGUACUAGAAGAGAAGUGAUCAAGAACAUUGACCAGUCAGCUUGUCACAUUUGCAAUCAGAGUAAAGAUGAUACAAUCCCCUAAAGCAAAGGAAAUUUUUACACGUGCCAGGGAUCGGGUUUUCACCAUUUGUACCACACAAGUUGCACUAUAACUACACAUUUCAUUUAAGUUAUUUUUAUCGCUAAAGGAACAGUAAAUCUGACGGAACGUUUAGCUCUCCAGUUGGUGAACAUCUGUGCCCUGCAUGACCUAGCACAUGGUGGAGGUGACUGAAUAUUACCAAUGACCUAUUCCUGCCUUAAUGUCAGUUUGAUCCAUACAUCUAACCAUGUCUGCAUAUUUAAAAUCUUUUUUAUAUAUUUUUUUAGGUGCAAAAACUAAAUCUUUCAUGUGAAAACAGGCAUAUAGUACAAUGUAUACAGUAAUUGGUACAAGCAGGGUGCUGCUAGGAGAUCACACUGUGUAAGAGACAGUAGUUUUAUAAUCUCAGAGGAUUUCUUUGCUUUAUUUCAGAAUUGUACAAACUUUCUAUGCAAAUUUGGCUGUUUAACGUCAGCAUAGGUAAUCAAGGGAAGGGUUUCACUGGAAAUACUAGAACUCCUACUUCAAACUCUGGGGCAGGUGUAUUAACCUGGAGAAGACUUAAGGAAGUGAUAAACCAGUGAUAAGCGCAAGGUGAUAAACGCACUAGCCAAUCAGCUCCAAUAUGUAAAUUAACAGGAGCUGAUGGGCUGGUACGUUUAUCACCUUGCACUUACCACUUCCUUAUGCUAUCUCCAGGCUUAGUACAUUUGCCACUUUAUUACUUGCAUUAUUUUUUUAGAAACCAACUUUUAGAAAGCAGAACAUGACGACUGUAAGGUGUCAUGACUGUGGCUACUAUACUGCAGUGUUAGCUAGUACUGUCCCCAUUAGCAGUAGUGUCAGUCAUUCUGUGCAGACUCCGUUAAGAUCCACAUACUCAGACCUCUGUUCAUAUUCCUGAAAGAAGCUCAAGCUGUCCUACUUUUCUGCAUCAGGAAUUGGGUUCACUGUCUGUACUUCUUCACAUUGUUAACAGAAGUGUGGAUAUGAUAUAUAGUGCCUAUGAUUUAUUUAUGUUGCGUAUUAAAAGGAUGUUUUGAAUGUGGGUUAUUUUUGUGCCAAUGGCUCUGAAUUGUCGUUUGUAUGUAAACAAGCAGAUUGUGUAAUUUCCUGCUUCCAAAGUUAUUUAACUUUUUUGUAUGUGUGUUAAAAAAAAAAGUGUACAAAUUGUAAAAAUACAGAUUUAUUCUUAACAAGCAAA